AUGCCGCUCGAUUACAGUAAAUGGGACGCACUGGAGCUCAGCGACGACUCGGACAUCGAGGUGCACCCCAACGUCGACAAGCGGUCUUUCAUCCGUGCCAAGCAGAACCAGAUCCACAUGGAGCGGGCGCAACGCAAGCAGCAGAUAGAGACGCUCAAGUACGAACGCAUCGUCAACGACGGCCUCCUGAAGCGCAUCAGCGCCCUGCUGGCGUCGCUCCGGGCGCACGCGGCCGACGCGGCCAGCGGCGCCAAGAACCCCGCCGAGGUGGCGUUCCAGGCCGUCAUGGAGUCGGCGCAGGGCACUAGGGCCGAGGACGACCGUCCCCCGAAGCGGCCAGAGGGCGUCCACGGCAGCGAGGAGGAGCUGCCGACGUACACAAAGAUGAUGGCGACGCUGCUGGACCAGGUCAACAAGGCCAUGGAGGAGAAGAAGGUCACGCAGGAGGAGAGGUACGGCGCCAUGACGGCCGAGAUCGAGGAGCACCUCAAAAAGGUGCAGGAUCUGCAGAGGGACCUGGAGAAGAAGCUGGCGGAGCUCGAGAAGGAGGAGAAGAGCAAGAUCACCAGCGAGAGCAUCCACACGGGGUUCGACACGUCGCACGUCAACAAGGCCAAGGCCGCCGAUACCUCCAAGGCCUCUUCGAGCAGCCAGCCGGAGCUGCUGAAUCCAAACUUCAACAAGUUGAACGCCGGCAAGGAAAACACGGCCCCGGGCGGCGGAUCUCUGGAGGAAGACGACGACGAGAUGGAGGCGUCCCCCGCGGCGAGGGAUUCCUGA